GUUGUCAAAAGGUGCCCGCAGAUGUACUAUUCUAAGCCGUUCACUAUCCAAUCGAGUCUCUGCUGACGGUUUAAUCAGACCAUUGGAGACACGUCUUUUCGCCUCUCGCACUUGGGCACGCAUAACCACCCACGAUGGGGAAACAAGGCAAGAAAGGCAAGGCCAAGCCAGAUAACAAGCAGAAGAAUAAGAAGGGAAAGGGUCAGGAUGCGCCAGAUAACCAGACACCUCCACCCGCACCUGCCUCACAGGAACCAAAAGAGCAGCAGCCAGAGCAGCCACGGCAGUCGGACGCAGAGCCCGAGACGCAAGUCAACUCUCCAUCGUCAGAAACAGCUCCCGCCACUGGCUCGCUGCCGGAACCAACGCAAGAACCAGAGGUAGUCCCAGAGCCAGACGUGCAGCAAGAGCACUCAUUGCCUGAAGAACACUUGCAACCUGAGGAGCAAGUGCAGCCCGAGGAACAGCUACAGCAACAAUCGGAGGAGCAGUGGCAAUUCGAAGGGCAAUCACAACCCCAGGAGCAGCUCCAUUCUGAGGACCAGCUGCAGCCAGAAGAUCAAUUACAAGCCGCCGAGCAGAUCCAACCUGCAGAGCAGCUACCACUCGACGAGCAAUUACACUCCGAGAACCAGAUACAGCCUGCGGAACAGCUACCUGAAAAGCAAUUUCAGCCCGAGGAGCAAUUUCAACCUGCAGAACAGCUACCGCUUGAAGAGCACUUGCAGCCGGAGCAGUUCCAACCCGAAGAGCAGUUCCAACCCGAAGAGCAGUUUCAGCCUGAAGAGGAGUUUCAGCGUGUCGAACAGCUACUGUCGGAAGAGCCGACACAGCCUGUUGCCGAAAAUACCCCACCCUCGUGGGCAGACGCCGACCACAGUGUUCCACUUGACAAUCCUGAGAUGUCCAUAGACCAGCAGCAGGACGCGGACGAUGUCCAACUCGCCUUCACAACCCCUCGAGAAUCCCACUUCAAAGAAUUUGACAACGACCCGUUCGUCGACGGGACCGGGCCUAGUAACGGAGAGCAUACCUACCACGAAACAAACGGUGGUCCUUUGGAACCACCAGAGCAGGCGCCGGUGACAGCACCUCAGACCCCCACGUGCCUCCAGGAACCUGCCUCGGGUGCUUUGCCGUCGCCCUCUGAGACAGAACGCCAGUUCAUCCCGGGUUCUCCUCGGUCUAACACUGGUCCUCUCGAGGUCGAUACACAUGCAGCGAAUAUGUCGAACCCUUUCGUUUCGUCAGCGGUUGCGUCGCCAGCUCCUCACGCCUCUUCACCAGUGCAUCAGACAACUCCACCCGCAUCCAAGCCUGCAACUCCCGUGCCAGAGGCCACUUCAGCGGCCCUAGAGCCCAUCUCACCGUCAGUCAAACCAGCUUCGCCCAACGUGCAGGUGGCUCCUACACCCCCAAUCACGUCCCCCAUACCGCAACUUGCUUCGCCAGUCCCGCAGCCGGUUUCAUCUUCCCCUCGGGCUUCUCCCAUGGCCCAACCUGCUUCACCAUUGUCAGAGACUGCUGGUCCUGUUCAAAAGCCUGCUUCUCCGGCACCGCCGCCGUAUUCUACAAACCAUGCCCCUUCGCCCGUUCUACACUCUCCGUCCCCCAAAACCGCUUCUCCUGUGCGCAAGUCCAGCUCCUCGGCUGCCAAGACCGCGUCUCCUGGACAGAGGAGGGCCUCUCCGGUUCCCAAAUCCGCCUCCCCCUUACCCAAGGCCAGCAGUCCCCUGGCCCGCCCAUAUAUGUCUCCGAUGAUGGCCCCCCACGUGACGCAUAUGCCGCAGUCCAUGGGAUCUAUGCCUCCCCCAACUGCCCCCGUCACUAUGGCGCCCAGUUACGCUGCCGCUUACCAGUCCCCGGUGAUGAGCUCCGCGGGGUUCUUGCCGCCGUACCACCCAUACUAUCACGCCUCUCCCACCAUGCAUCACGCCGCGCCCCAGCAGACUCCCAACACCGCGUCUUUCCAAGCCCUGCGCGAUCUAGGGUUCGGGGGCGCACCUGGGAUCAACGGCAAGGGGACCAUGUCGCCUCCGGAGCACCAUGACGAGCCCAUCGAGCUUCUACAAAGGAUCCAGGAUGCUAUUCCCGACAUCAGCCGCCUAAUGGGCAGUUACAGGAACACCAAGAGCAAGCUGCACAAUCGCGAAAUCGAGUUCAAGCAAUUGGAGACGCAGCAUGAGCAGGCCAUCAUGUCCAAGGACUUCUACAUUGAAGCCCUACAGAGCCAGAUGCGGAAAGCGGCCAAUGAGAGCGCAGAGGAGUCGAGGAACCUUAAAAACUCGAUCAACGAACUGCGCAUGGAGUUGGGGAACCUUGAAGAGAAGUGGAAAGACCUUGAGGAGAGAUACGAGGACUCGGAGAAAGCCAACGUGGAGUUGUCGCAUUCGAAAUCCGAGCUUGAGACGCAGGUCCGAAACCUCAACCACGACUUGGAGGAAACCCGCGAAAGCCAUGCGAAGGAGCUGGAGCGACGGACGGAAGAGCAAGAGCAAGCCCUGACGACUCAGAAGCAGGAGUUGACCGAGUUUUUCGAGGAGAUCAAGGCGGAAGAUGAGAAGGCGGCGGCCGAGGCCUUGGCCGCGCGCGAGAAGGAGCUCCUCGACGACCAGGAAGCGAUGAAGGCCGACUACGAGAAGCAGAAGGAGGAGAUGCAGGCGUCGCGUGACGCGCUCCAGUCCGAGUUUGACUCCACGGUGGCCGAUCUCAAUACGACCAAGACGCAGCUUGAAGACAAACACAACGAGUUAGAGCAGACGAAGGAGCAACAUGCUAAGGAGGUUGCGGAUAUGCAGCAGUCGCAUACCGAGGAGGUGGAUUCUCUCAAGGCCAGCCACGCCGAGGAGGUGGCCGGGUUAGAGAAGGAGAUUGCGGAACGACUGGAACAGAUCGCCAAGCUGGAGGAAGAGGGCGCUUUCAAGGAUCGGCAGCUUCAAGGUGCCACGGAAGGGAUGCGCCUGACGAUUGAUAAUCUGGGCAAUGACUGUGACCGGCUGCGGAAGACCCUGACCAGCCUCGGAGAAGCCACUGACCUGAAGAGCACGAAGGGUGAUUCUUUCUUGUAAGUGCCCUAGUGCAUUGAGACUGCAUCGCAGUCGAAGACCUUUUGCUUUUCAUCCUUAUUUCAUUUCUUUUUACUGUUUUUCGAUCUUCUGUCUCUGAAAGCAUUGACAUGCCUCUCCUUUAAAACUUUCAUUUGUAUCCUUUCUUUGUGUUUUUCUUUCUCUUUUCCAAAACAGAACCAGACCACAUUGCAUAUCUCGGUCUUUCUCUUCUUGUUCAUGUCUUUUUUCUUUCUGUCUUUGUUUUUUUGGAUAGAAC